AUGAACGAAACAAUCAAGGAUUUACACCGUGAUCUCGCCAACAAGUACCGACAACAUGGCCCGCGAAUCGAAGAAAUGUGGCGUUCGCUUGGCCAAGAACAACGCAAGAAGAUCAUGCAGGCCGGCUCUCGCGAUGGCGCUGUCCUGAAGCAUGCUGAAGACACAAGCCUAGAGAAUGUCUACAAGUUCAUCCCGGAAUGGAACUUGCGCGACAUAGCUUCACCGUCAUCGGAAUUCUUCCUUGACAUGCUCAAGCACCGAGCAACCUCACCGCUACAAACCCAAUAUGCGGCUGGCUUCAACGGACGACCAGGAGAUCAUGCGCACAUAGUUGAUAUGAUGCAGAGGAGGGACUUGAAACUCAACAACGCCUCUCAAUACAAGAACUGUUACACACUCUUCUUGACAGAGGAUGGAUAUGGCGAAUCGGUCAAGAUUGUCGCAGAGAAGCGGGAAGAAGUUCUGGCAAACAUGAAGCCAGCUAUACAAGCCCAGAUGAUAGUCCCUCAAGCUACUGGCGAACUCAUCCUUAUGCGACAGAUGAACCUGUUGCAGCUCCUGAACAUCGCCAUCGAAGACAUCCUCGACACCGCAUCCACCACGAGAACCCAGGCCAAGCGGCCGAAGAAGCCAACUGAUGACGCGACUGCAGCCCUCGCGAAGCUGUCGGUACACGCACCUUCAAAGAAACUAGACCUUUCAGACCUUUCGGACAUGGUGCAGGACCAAGUAUCGUCCCGCGAGGGCCUUAUCAACCUGAUCUCUACUGAGCCUACCGUCCUAGCCCAUGAAGUCAACUUCUGCUUCUUCAGUAGACCAGAACUUGUUGCCGAUGAGAAAGGGCGCAUACUGCCUGUACAUACGGACAAGUAUAUCAGCGGCUCUGUAUUUGAGGCGGUUCAUGGCGCUGUCAAGGCGGCUGCCACAUGGGAUUACAUUGGCCGCCUCUUGGACCUGUUCAAGGACUCGUCGGACAAACAGUUCAAAGCCGUUAUCAUCAAGGAGCUUUCAAAUACUUGUCAUCUGGAGUAUCUGCGCGCUCAGACUGGUUUCAAACGGAGCGUAGCCGUGGGGAUGGGUGGCAGCAAGUGGUUCAAGCGGAUGUCGAAUAAUGAUGUCGCACGUCUCUCACUGAAGCGAAGCCCUGAGUCUCUAACGGUAGAGAAUCCGCAGUUACAUUAUAUGCUUCGACUCUGCCAGGAUGAGACAAACUGGUCGAAUGCUGCACAAUGGCUUCAAAAAUUGGAGGACCUCCAUCGCGCUCACCCACUGGAACAAGACAACCUUUCGGAACGAGAGUAUGACUCUCUAGGGGACUUGGCCAUCAUCGUUAUUUUCAUCCAGUCUCUCUCGUCAGUCGCGCAGAUACCCGCGCCUAAUCACAAGAAGAGUCAGCCGUUUGUGCCAGGUUAUGCUUCGUUGGAUAAGGAGCUGAGGCAACUGAAGGACGGCAUAGACCUUGGCGACUACGCUAUUCCGAUUGAUAAUUUGCUAGAGCCAGGCAUGGCUGAAGGCGCCCUCUCCACGCUCGACCAGUAUAUUGUAGAGAAGACAGGCACGAAGCUUGGUUUUCUCUACCAGGAUCUAGUCGAGAGCUGUGUGUCCAGCAUCGAGCGACAGUAUGAACAACAAAAGACAAAAGCUAGUAAGCCUCAGGUUGAGUACACCACGCCGAUAGCUCCCGAGGCUUCGGCAUCAAUUUUGCAACAGCGCAAGCAAAAGGAAAAGACACGGCCAGCGCAGUGUUCAAUCUACGAAAUUACGUCGCAAGGUACCAAGGGUGACCAGCCAAUUCAGUCGAAAGACACCUUCAAAGUCAAGGCCUCAACUGCUGAGGUCUUUUCAUCGCUGUUCUCGAGGUCAUCCGCAGCACGUAGUCCAGUGCGAUGGGAAGCCUUCGUAGCCGCCAUGAUCGAUCUGGGAUUCUCAAUCAAUCCGAAAGUCGGCUCUAUAUACACGUUCGUCCCCCCAGCGAAGAUGUCGGUGCGCAGGGACAUAACACUUCAUCGGCCGCAUCAAGCGAGCGUUGAGGGACGACUUCUUCUGAUCUACUCCCGGCGCUUGAAGAAGGCCUAUGGCUGGGAUACCUCGACGUUCGUUGCGGCGUAG